AUGGGCCCCAGCUGGGACCGCACCAAUCACACCUGGGUGGUGGCCGAGGCCCUGCGGCCGAUGACCGUGACGCUCGAGUACACCAGGAACAACCGCACCCUCUUCCGCACGGCCGGCUUCGCAGGCAUGGUGGGCGUGCUCACUGGAGUACGACCGGGCCUCUUCUCGCUGACCAUUGACGAGAGGUUCACACUGAAGCCGGGGCUUUGGUACAUGCUGCAGUGGGCGUUUGGAGCCAAAGUCCAGUGGAACACCGUCAUCACAAGACAGGUCCUGGAGAACGGCACCGAUUAUGGUUCUGUGGAAAAGCAGCUGGCCAAGACGGCGCUGAUCGCUCCGGUCUACUUCAUCCUGGCCGGCAACAAGUCCGGGGAGGCCUGCGUCAUCACCAGGGACCAAUACAAGGCGGACAUAUGGCCCCUGGGCAUCGCUUCACUCACCCAGAAGUCUCGGUGGUACCUGCUGCAGACCAACUACGACCACUGGAAGCGGCCGCCGUUCUUCGACAACCGGCGUGGGCCGGGCGUGCGCUGCAUGGACCGGCUCGGCCAGGCUGCGCUCAGCCCGGCCCGGCUGUACGAUGUGCUCCACUCGAAGCCAGUCAGAAAUCGGCUGACGGUGUACACGGCUCUGCUGGAGCCCGCCCGCGGACAUCUGGAGGCCUGGCUCCAGUAUGCUCCGACCCGCGACUGCGCCAUUGGGCGCUGGGAGCACGGCGGCCCGCUCCCGUAA